UUUCAUUUAACAACUUCAAGACAACCCCAUCCCUUCAAAAUGUACAAGCUGAUCGUAUUCACUGCUUUCUUGGCUGUAGCCGCCGCAGCCCCUGGUUUAUACGGUGCUCCUCUCGCUUCCCCAUGGGGCCAUGGUAUCGGCGUAGCCCCCGUGGUCAGCGCCCCAAUCGUGAGGACUGCAGUUCCCGUUGCCACCUCAUACGCCAACACUGUUAGGAUCGCCGGCCCAGCUCUUGCAGUAGCCCACGCUCCCGUCGUAGCUGCCCAUGGUCCAAUUUUAGCCGCACCUUUGGCCCACGGAUGGUAAGUCCCGAAACCUCGCCUCAUUACGACCAGAACACCAGGUCUACGUCAAGCACCGCAACAGUCAAUGUUAAUUAAGAAUUAUUGUUAACAUCUUAUAUGAUUCAAUUAAAUGGUUUAUAAUGCA